AUGCCACCCGGACAACCCCGCAAGCCGGCCGAGGCCGCCAACAAGGAGCGCAACGAGUACAUCCCUAGCUUCAUCGCCAAGAAGCCCUUCUAUAUCACCGAUGACACCGAGGAUUCCUCCGCCACCAACGCCAACGAUUACCUCGAGCAUCAGCGUCUCCACAAGUCUGCUCUCGACACCAGUCAGUCGAAAUGGUACGAUCGUGGCAAGAAGGCCGGCCCCGCCGCGACCAAGUUCCGCAAAGGAGCCUGCGAAAACUGUGGCGCCAUGACCCACAAGGCCAAGGACUGCUUGAGCCGCCCGCGCAAGGCCGGCGCAAGGUGGACCGGCAAGAACAUCGAAGCUGAUGAGGUCGUGCAAGAUGUUAAGCUGGGCUGGGACGCCAAGCGUGACCGCUGGAACGGCUACGAUCCGUCCGAGUACAACGCCGUGAUUGAGGAAUACAAUGAGCUGGAGGAAAUGAGGCGGAAGAUGAAGGGCGAUGACAAGAAGGAGGGAGACGACGAGGAAGAUGCAGAGGAGGAAGGUGCCAAGUACGAGGCCGAAGCGGACAUGGGCCGGAAACAGCCAACAUCCACCCGGAACCUGCGCAUUCGUGAAGAUACGGCCAAGUAUCUGCUCAACCUCGAUCUGGACUCGGCGAAGUACGACCCUAAAACCAGGUCUAUGGUUGACAGUGGUGCGACGGCGGACAAGUCUGCGGCACUGGUAGCGGAGGAAGGCUUUAUGAGAGCUUCGGGUGAUGCAGCAGAGUUUGAGAGAGCACAGCGGGUUGCCUGGGAGUCACAACAGCGAGGCGACCGGAAUCAACUCCACCUACAGGCCAAUCCUACGUCUGGCGAGUAUUUCAGGAAGAAGGAACAGGAAGAAGCCGAGGCCAAGCGCACAGCAAAGAAGAAGGAAUUGCUGGCGAAGUACGGCGGCUCGGAGCAUUUGCAAGAUGCUCCCAUGAAGAGCGCUGCCGUCACCGAGAACGAGAAAUUCGUCGAGUACGACGAGAAGGGGCGCAUCAAGGGGCUACCAAAGACAAAGGCCAAAUCCAAGUAUCCAGAGGAUGUCAUGAUCAACAACCAUACCUCUGUCUGGGGCAGUUGGUGGUCGAACUUCCAAUGGGGAUACGCAUGUUGUCACUCUACAGUCAAGAACAGUUACUGUACUGGCGAGGCGGGCAAGAAGGCUUUUGAGGAGGCAGAGCUUCGCAGGACCGGUGCAGACGUGGACGAAGUCCCCAAGGAGGUCGCAUGGAAGCAGGAGGAAACGCUCGAGGAGCACGUACCGAACGCUGUGGAUAGGGAUGAGAAGGCCAAGGAGGACGCCAAGACUAAGAAGAGGCGCCUGGCAGAGAUGACGGAUGGAGUUACAGAAGAAGAGAUGGAGGAGUAUAGGCGGAAAAAGCAAUCCGCAGAUGAUCCCAUGUCCAAGUUGCUCGGGAAAGACGAGCUACUUUGA